CAAGGGAAAGAAAACAGGUUUUGAUCCUGCUAUUACAGUUUUUAGGAUAACUAAUCAAUUACCAUAAAUUGGAUAGGAUAUGUUGGCCUCUAAUCUAUGCAGUAUUUCGACAUGACAAGAACGUGAAAGGGUUCGGAACAAUUGUUAUUAUGUGCCCUAGCCUAUGGAUUAGUUAACAUAUUUUUACAAAUUCUACUUACAUGGAACUACAAUAAUUUCAAGCUCCAUUAGUUUGUGGCUUUCUUGAAUAAGUUAAGAGUCAAUUCUUGGGAAAAAUUGUAUUUGGUAUUAGUGUAUUCUGUAAUACUCUACCUUACUCAUAUAACUUUUUAUUGCAGGUGACCUUGUCAGGUUUACUGAAUUUUAUUGAUGGAUUAUGGUCAAGCUGUGGAGAUGAAAGAAUCAUAAUUUUCACAACAAAUCACAUAGAAAAACUCGACCCUGCAUUGUUACGACCUGGCAGAAUGGAUGUGCACAUUCACAUGGCAUAUUGCACACCUUGUGGCUUCAAACUUCUUGCUAACAAUUACUUGGGGAUUAAAGAUCAUAAAUUGUUCAAAGAAAUUGAGGAAUUGAUUGACACAGCCAAUGUGACACCAGCAGAAGUGGCAGAACAACUGUUGAAGGAAGAUGAAGCUGAAGAUUCCCUAAGAGGGUUGGUUAAUUUUAUUCACAAAAAGAUAAAAGAGAAGGAAGAGGCUGAGGCUGAGGCUGAGGCUAAGCCUGAGAAAGUAGAAAUACCACAAGUGGAAGUAGGGAUGACAAUGGAGGGGGGCGAGUUGGAUGCAGGGCAAACCCAUAUGAACCUUCAAAGACUACCCCGUCCCGCUCUGCCCCGCAUAGCAUAAUUUUUUGUUUUUGCCCCACCUUGCUCCUCCCCACAUAAACCCACCCCGCAUAAUGUAUAAUUUUUUUAAUUAAAUAAAUGUACCAGUUAUCAA